AUGGAGACUUUGAUGGAUCAAGAGGCCCGCGAUACCGCGCCCAAGGCCUUGGCUCAUCUUGACACUAGCAUAACUCAAUCCAGAAGCUUCCAUUGGCCUGAACGCGGCCCAUUCAAGAACUUGGAGAGCAAGCUCAAGCGGCUAAAGAGAAAUGGAAACUUUCCUCUUCUGCGCGCGCUCAACUUUGCCGACCUAGACCCGCUCUCUACCUAUAUAUACUUGCUUUUAGCCUCUUGGACCUUGUUAGUGGGCGGUUUUGAGUCCCACGUUUUAUUCGACUCUGGAGCAUCGAAUUGCUUCAUUACACCGGAGCGUGCCGAGAAGAGUGGCAUCCGGAGUAGCGCGGGCGAGAGCGCGGGCAUGGUCAAGGUGGCGGGAGGUGGAUUCUUGUCUACUUUGGGCCGUGCUAGAGGAGUCGAGAUCGAGAUUGCGGGGCAGUCAAUGCCAGCAGACUUAGUCAUCAGUCCGGUGGAGCUGUAUGACGUUAUUCUCGGGAUGGACUGGUUGUCACACUACAGAGUUCAUCUGGAUUGCUACAGAGGUAGAGUGGUCUUCGAGCGAGAUGCAGGGAGGUUGGUUUAUCAGGGAGUGAGACCGACUUCCGGGAGUAUUGUGAUAUCUGCUAUUCAGGCCGAGCAGUUGUUAGAGCGGGGCUGUGAGGCGUAUCUGGCGACGAUUUCUAUGUCUGAGUCAGGAGCUGGAGUUGUUAUGGGAGAUAUUGAGGUUGUCCAGGAUUUUGAGGAUGUCUUUCAGUCACUGAAGGGAUUACCACCAUCUCGGUCUGAUCCUUUCACGAUUGAGUUAGAGCCGGGGACAGCACCGAUAUCGAAGACGCCUUACAGGAUGGCGCCAGCUGAGUUGGCAGAGCUGAAGAAGCAGAUAGAGGACCUUUUGUCUAAGGGGUUCAUUCGACCAAGUGUUUCACCGUGGGGAGCACCGGUGUUGUUUGUGAAGAAGAAGGAUGGCAGUUUCAGACUUUGUAUCGAUUACAGAGGUCUUAACCGAGUCACUGUGAAGAACAGGUACCCACUCCCGAGGAUUGAUGAGUUGUUGGAUCAGUUGAGGGGUGCUACUUGGUUCUCCAAGAUUGACUUGGCAUCGGGGUAUCAUCAGAUCCCGAUAGAUGAGGCAGAUGUCAGGAAGACUGCUUUCAGGACGCGUUAUGGGCAUUUUGAGUUUGUGGUUAUGCCUUUCGGUUUGACUAACGCGCCGGCAGCCUUCAUGAGAUUGAUGAACGACGUGUUCAGGGAGUAUUUGGACGUGUUCGUCAUCAUUUUCAUUGAUGAUAUUCUGGUAUACUCGAGGAGUCAGGAGGAGCAUGCGACUCACUUGAGGUUGGUUCUGGAGAAGCUUCGGGAGCAGAAGCUUUUUGCUAAGUUGAGCAAGUGCAGUUUCUGGCAGCGAGAGAUGGGAUUUCUUGGCCACAUUGUUUCUGCAGAGGGAGUUUCUGUGGAUCCGGCUAAGAUUGAGGCUAUCAGAGAUUGGCCUAGACCUAGUAGUGCCACCGAGAUCAGGAGUUUUCUGGGUUUGGCAGGAUACUACAGGAGGUUCGUCAAGGGGUUUGCUACCAUGGCGCAGCCGAUGACGAAGUUGACCGGGAAGGAUGUCCCGUUUGUUUGGUCAGCUGAGUGUGAGGAGAGCUUUAGUCAGCUCAAGGAGAUGUUGACUACUACACCAGUGUUGGCGUUACCCGAGCCAGGGAAGCCUUACAUGGUGUAUACAGAUGCUUCAGGCAUUGGUCUUGGUUGUGUGCUGAUGCAGGAGGGCAGAGUGAUAGCAUAUGCUUCGAGACAGUGGCAGGGCAGUGAGCGUAACCGUCCUACACAUGACUUAGAGUUGGGAGCAGUGAUCUUCGCGUUGAAGAUUUGGAGGUCUUACUUGCUGGGUGAGACAGUACAGGUCUUCACGGAUCACAAGAGUUUGCAGCAUAUCUUCACUCAGCCGAUGAUGAACGCGAGACAGACGCGCUGGGUUGAGUUCUUGGCGGACUAUCAGGUGAGCAUUAACUACCAUCCGGGCAAGGCUAACCUAGUGGCGGACGCGUUGAGUAGACGGAGGUAUGAUUCCGCAGUUGAGCGAGAUGUGGAGUCUCUAGUUGGCGAGAUCAGUACCUUGCGUUUGUGUGCCAUUUCGCAGGAGCCUUUGGGUUUAGAGGCAGUGGAUCAGGCGGAUCUACUUAGCAGGAUCAGAGUUGCUCAGCAGAGUGAUCAGAGUUUGCUGGAUGCGACGAGAGUGACUGGUUCUGAGUAUGAGGUCUCUGCGAAUGGGACUAUCUUGGUUCGUGGGCGAGUUUGUGUGCCUAAGGAUGUGGAGUUGAGACAUCAGAUUUUGGGAGAGGCUCACGCGAGCAAGUUUUCCAUUCAUCCGGGAGCGACCAAGAUGUACCAUGACCUCAAGAGGUACUAUCAUUGGGUCGGGAUGAAGAGGGAUGUAGCAGACUGGGUUGCGAAGUGCAACACUUGUGCCUUGGUGAAGGCAGAGCAUCAGGUUCCGGGUGGUCUUUUGCAGAGUUUACCCAUUCCAGAGUGGAAGUGGGACAGGAUUACGAUGGAUUUCGUGGUUGGACUACCUGUUUCGAGGACUUUCGAUGCUAUUGGGAAGUUUGUGCGAGAGAUUGUGAGGCUGCAUGGAGUGCCAGCUAGUAUUGUGUCAGACCGUGAUCCCAGAUUCACUUCAGAGCAGGCAGAGAUGGGCACUAAGGUGCAUUUGAGUACAGCUUAUCAUCCGCAGACAGAUGGUCAGUCAGAGAGGACUAUUCAGACUUGGAGGAUUUGCUGA